CUUUUUAUUUUUUUCCCAAUUUUGCUGUUCCUCAAUCCUCAUCCAUUUCCGCCAUUUCUUUUCCGCCACUUUUACUAUAUAUUUUCUCUCUUCACUUCAGUUCUUUAGCUUAGUCCAAUUCCAAAUCGAAAACCCAAUAACAUGUCUAAAAUUUUAUUCUUCCAAACUGUUCAUUCAACGCCCAGAAUCCAUCCCAGAAUUGUUACUUCCAUCCUCUCAAAGCCUCUUAUAAUCCCAUCAGUUUCCAAAUGUUACUCUCCCAUCUCUCCAUUUCAUUCCAUUUCUUUGCCAGCUCUUAAACACUAUUUCCAUAGCCCAAGCUUUUCGUUCCCUUCUUCUUUUCCAACUCGAGCUUUCGAUGAUUCUUCGUCUUCUAUCGAGACCCAAAAUGAAAAAGAAGAAAAAGUUGGUGAACAAUCGGAGAUCGAAGAGUAUCCUAGUGGGGAAAUGGAGUAUGAGAAAAUUAGUGGGUGGAAGAGUUUCGUUGUUAAGUUAAAGAUGCUUAUUGCUUUCCCUUGGCAAAGGGUUCGAAAAGGCAGUGUUUUGACUAUGAAACUGCGUGGCCAGAUAUCUGAUCAGCUAAAGAGCCGUUUCUCUUCAGGACUAUCUCUGCCACAAAUUUGCGAGAAUUUUGUAAAAGCUGCAUACGAUCCUCGCAUUUCCGGUGUCUAUCUCCACAUAGAACCUUUGAACUGCGGAUGGGGAAAAGUUGAAGAAAUCCGAAGGCAUAUUUUGAACUUUAAGAAAUCAGGUAAAUUCAUCAUUGCUUACAUCCCUGCAUGUGGGGAGAAAGAGUUUUACCUUGCUUGUGCAUGCGAAGAGAUUUAUGCACCACCAAGUGCUUAUUUUUCUUUGUAUGGUCUGACUGUUCAAGCUUCAUUCCUUGGAGGAGUUCUUGAGAAAAUUGGAAUUGAACCACAGGUUCAAAGGAUUGGUAAAUACAAAAGUGCUGGGGACCAACUUACACGGAAAAGUAUGUCUGAAGAAAAUUGCGAGAUGCUUACUUCAUUGCUUGAUAACAUAUAUGGGAAUUGGCUGGAUGUAGUUUCCUCUUCAAAAGGAAUGAAACGAGAAGAUGUUGAGCACUUUAUUAAUGAAGGGGUCUAUGAAGUAGAAAAGCUAAAAGAGGAGGGAUUCAUAACAAAUAUACAUUAUGAUGAUGAGGUUAUCUCAAUGUUGAAAGAAAGGCUUGGUGUCCAGAAGGAUAAAAAGCUUUCUAUGGUUGAUUACAAGAAAUACUCCAAAGUUAGGAAGUGGACUCUCGGUUUAACUGGUGGUAAAGACCUAAUAGCUGUGAUCAGAGCUACUGGGAGCAUUAGCCGUGUGCGGAGUCCAUUAAGUACGCCAAGUUCUGGUAUCGUUGCAGAGCAAAUCAUUGAGAAGAUUCGUAGUGUCCGAGAAUCAAAAAGAUACAAGGCUGUUAUCAUACGAAUUGACAGCCCCGGAGGUGAUGCUCUUGCUUCAGAUUUAAUGUGGAGGGAAAUCAAACUUUUAGCUGCAUCGAAACCCGUCAUUGCAUCCAUGGGUGAUGUGGCUGCUAGUGGAGGAUAUUAUAUGGCUAUGGCAGCUCAAACUAUUGUUGCUGAAAAUUUGACUUUAACUGGUUCAAUUGGAGUUGUUACAGGGAAGUUUAACUUGGGCAAACUAUACGAAAAAAUAGGAUUCAAUAAGGAGGUCAUUUCAAGGGGAAGAUAUGCUGAACUUCUUGCAGCUGAGCAGCGACCUUUCAGGCCGGAUGAAGCCAAGCUUUUUGAGAAGUCUGCGCAGAAUGCUUAUAAACAAUUUCGAGACAAGGCUGCGUUUUCAAGAUCAAUGCCUGUAGAAAAGAUGGAAGACGUUGCACAAGGUAGAGUCUGGGCAGGUAAAGAUGCAGCAUCACAUGGUUUGGUUGAUGCUAUUGGGGGACUUUCUCGGGCUAUCGCCAUUGCAAAACAUAAAAUCAAGAUACCACAAGACAGGCCUGUUACCCUCGUUGAGUUAUCGAGACCAUCGCCAACACUACCAGAGGUGUUAAGUGGGAUAGGGAGCUCCAUAGUCGGAGUAGACCGAACGGUAAAAGAACUUUUGCAAGACUUGACGUUUUCCGACGGGGUUCAAGCUCGGAUGGACGGAAUUAUGUUCCAGAGAUUGGAGGGAUUUCCCAAUGCUACCCCACUCAUCAGUUUGAUAAAAGAUUACCUCAGUUCACUUUGAGCUUAAACAACUAUUUUUGGGGGAGAUAUUUUUGCUCUUUUGUCAAACUAUAUUUAGAUUCAAAAAAUCAUGAAGUUACCUUUUUUAUGUUGAAACUAGUUUUUUUUUAUCCCUGUAAUGUUCAAUAUAUGUAUUUAAUAACAUUGUUUGCGGUGGUGUGAUUAAGGAUAUUAUAUACAUACACAUGUUUACUUGUCA